AUGCCGGUGUUUCACACGAAGAUUAUCGAAAGUAUUUUGGAGCCAGUCGCUCAACAGGUUUCUCGUCUGGUGAUCCUCCAUGAAGAAGCUGAAGAUGGCAACGCGAUGCCAGAUCUGGCGCGGCCGGUGCAGGCCGUGUCGCUCGCUGUCACUAACCUCGUCAAGGUUGGCCAUGAAACCAUCGAGUCUUCCGAAGAUGCCAUGCUCAGGCAAGACAUGCCUGGCGCGCUGCACCGCGUGGAGACAGCUGCGACGCUGCUACAGCAGGCGUCCGACAUGCUCCGGGCCGACCCUUACUCGGGACCCGCAAGGAAAAAGCUGAUAGAAGGCUCCCGCGGUAUCCUGCAGGGUACAUCAGCCUUGUUGCUGUGUUUUGAUGAGUCUGAAGUUAGGAAGAUUGUUAAAGAGUGCAAAAAGGUGCUGGAAUACCUGGGCGUGGCGGAGGUGAUAGACACGAUGGAGGACCUGGUGCAGUUCCUGCGCGACAUAUCGCCGGCGCUGUCUAGGGCCGCUAGAGAGGUGCACAACGACUUAACACAAUAA